UUCAUGGCCAGACUUCAAAAUGGUCCUGACCCGGUCACGCAGAGAAGUGGCGCGGGACCCAAGCGAUUAUUUCACCAACUUGUACACGGCCUUCUACCGGGACGAGGGUGCCUGCCAGGCCCUGCUGGAGAACAGCUGUGCCAUGAACUGGGGCCAGGCCUUCCAGAUACAGGGGCUGCAGGACGGGGUAUACGAGACCAUCAGGGACAUCACCAGGGCCAGAGGGCUUGAGAUGGAGACGUAUCUGUACCAGCUGCUGCUGCACCCAGACCCGCCUGCCAUGCCCCAGUACCGGUAGGUGCCCCCCAGAUAUGGGG